AUGGAAAAUGUAUCAAUAGGAAGUAAUAUGAUGGAUGUUGAUACCAGUUAUAGAUCUAAUAAUAAUUUUAAUAAAGAAAAUUUAACACCGUUAAACUCACCAACUAAAUCAAUCUUACAUCAAUCACCAACAAGUACUCCAUAUAAAAAUUCAAGAUUUCAACAGCCAUUAACACCAACACCAGUAACUAAUGCAAAUCGUAACUUACAUGAUAAUAUAAAUCAAUUACAACCACCAACUAAAUAUAAAUUAUCUCCGGAUGAGUUUUAUAAAAAGGCUAAUAAUCCAAAAACUAAAAGAUUAGCAUCAGUUGCACAAUUAUACUUUCUUGAUUAUUACUGUGAUAUGUUUGAUUAUGUGAUAAAUAGAAGAGAACGUACUAAUUUUGUCGAACAAAAACUAUUAACUGAUCCAAAUUUUGCCAAUGAUUUGCAAAGACAACAAUUGGAAUGGAAAAACUAUAUAGGUAGAGAAAGAGCUUUAUUACGAAAAAGAAGAUUGAAACCAAAACAUAAAGAUUUUCAAAUGAUAACUCAAGUUGGUCAAGGUGGAUAUGGACAAGUUUUCCUCGCAAGAAAGAAAGAUACUAGAGAAAUUUGUGCAUUAAAAAUUUUAAAUAAAAAAUUAUUAGUUAAAUUAGAUGAGACAAGACAUGUUUUAACUGAAAGAGAUAUCCUUACAAAUACUCGUAGUGAAUGGUUAGUGAAAUUAUUAUAUGCUUUUCAAGAUCCUGAAAAAGUAUUUUUAGCAAUGGAAUUUGUACCAGGUGGUGAUUUUAGAACAUUAUUAAAUAAUACUGGAUAUUUGAUACCUCCACAUGCAAGAUUUUAUAUACUGGAAAUGUUUGCUGCUGUAAAUUCCUUACAUGAAUUAGGCUUCACUCAUCGUGAUUUGAAACCAGAAAAUUUUUUAAUUGAUUCCAAAGGUCACAUCAAAUUGACUGAUUUUGGUUUAGCUGCUGGAACUGUUUCAAAUGAUAGAAUCGAAUCAAUGAGAAUAAAGUUGAGAGAUUUGGAAGAUUUGGAUAAUUAUCAAGUUCCAUCAAGAUUAAUGACUGAAAGACAAAAAAUAUUUAAACAAAGUCAAGGACAUCAUAAUUUAGCAAAUUCGAUUGUUGGGUCUCCCGAUUAUAUGGCAUUAGAAGUUUUAGAAGGUAAGAAUUAUGAUUUUACAAUUGAUUAUUGGUCAUUAGGUUGUAUGUUAUUUGAAGCAUUAUGUGGUUAUCCUCCAUUUUCUGGUUCAAAACAAGAGGAAACUUAUUAUAAUCUAAAACAUUGGAAAACUGCACUAAGAAGACCACAAACAAAAGAUGGUAGAUAUGUAUUUAGUGAUCGUACAUGGAAUUUGAUUAUAAAAUUAAUUGCAUCACCAAAUCAAAGACUUCGUAAUUUUAAACAAGUUCAACAAUUGGCUUAUUUUGGUGAUAUAAAAGAUUGGGAUAAAUUAAGAGAACGUACGCCUCCAUUCACACCACAAUUAGAUAAUGAAGAAGAUGCUGGAUAUUUUGAUGACUUUGAAGAUGAAGAAAUGAUGAUGAAAUAUAAAGAUGUAUUUGCAAGACAAGAAGAAAAUGAACAAUUAUUGGAAAAAUCAGGAGUACGUAAAAUUAAACAAAACAACUUUAUUGGUUUUACAUUUAAACAUAAAUCAAAUCCAAAUAAUAAGUUUGGUAAUGAAAUUAAUUUAUUGAAUAUUGGAAAUUCUCAAAGACUGAGAUUAGAUCCAUUAGCGACUUUAUAUUAA